AUGCCCACGCCGCCGUCUUCCGAUGAACCGCCUAGUCUUCGGCAGAGCGGGUCGCCUUCGAAGAGACGCAGGGUCGUCGGCCACAGCACCAACCCCGUCCAGAACCAGGAUAGGACUCAAGACUACGUUGAUCUUGAUCGAACGCCGCGAAGCUCUAUCCCCACGACCAACACGUCUAAGCAACGGCGGUCUGCUAGCCCGACAAAGAACACGCUCAGUCUCCAGAGCCUCGAAAAGGCAAUACACUUCAUCCCCAUUGCCGACAACGCCAUCGCGCAGCUACCAAGCGACGUCCACGCCCUCUACAAUUCCAUCGCCGACUUUGCUUCCGACCGCAUCGAGAUCCUUCCCCAUGAAAAGCCACAGCUGGGAGGAGAAGCGACUGGCAUGACGGCCGCCUCGCGCGAGCUCGAGGCUCUCGGCGAGAUCGAGAGCGCAGCCAAGGAGUGUCUCUGCCUUGCGCGCUCGGAGCCGAGCUGGAACGAGGAUGUACACAAGCCGCUGCUGAAGCUAGCGCUUUCCCGCCACCGCGCGAACAACCUCUGCGAGAACGUCACGACGGCCCGCGUCGCGGCGCCAUUCGCGCUGCCCGGGCGAGCGGGUGACAGGAUAAGCAAGAUGGUGGAUUACACAUUGGAUUUGUCGUUUUCCGGGCCGGCGUCUGAAGUCUGGGACCCCGCCGACGCCGACGACGACGUCUCGAAUCUGGAGUCGAUGGCCUCCCUGUCGGCCUCCAUUCGAAGAGUUGUAGGUGCGCAGCCCAUCGAGAAACAGACGGUCAACCCGACUCGUUAUGCCCCUCUCAUAUACGCGCCUGUGGCUGCCAGCAUCGAAACGAAGGCGGCGACGGGCUCGGCCGAGGAGGGGCGCACGCAGCUGGGGGUGUGGACGGCAGCCAGGCAUGAAUGGAUGAAGGAUUUCGUGCGGCGGCCGGUUGGUGCGGGUGCGGCUGCUGCGGGAGCCGACGAGGAAGAUAUCGUCGGACAUAUCGUGAUCGGCGAUACAGGCUUCCUGCUCGGGCUGUAUUCCAUCGUCAGCGUUCUUCGUGCCAUCAAUGACUGGAUAUGCGGCUCUCUUCGCCAGUGGAUCACUCAUGUCUUUAGUUAUGCUGCGAAAUAG